CGUACGUACACACCAUCUUCGGCGAAGCUAGCACACCACUCGAGAAAAUGGCGGCGGUAGAGGAGAUGAACAAGGGGCUUAGCGCCCUGCUCGAUGUCUUAGACACCAUGGCUACAGACAAGAACAAAAAUGGAACCAACCACUUACUUCAGGACAAGACAAAGGGUGUGAACGCUGCAUGGCAGGGCAUAUGUAAGGAGUACUUUGGGAAGAUCCAAGGCGAAGACGCUAACGCAGAGGCGAAGCAGAUGGCGCAGAUAGUGUCUCACCUGACCAGGUGUAAGGACGCCAUGUGUAGGCUCACAGCGGACGCAAUGCGGAAUUCUCAAGACGUUGCACAGGCUCUGGACAAGGAGAAAAACGACACUGCGCAGCUGCGAGCCCGCGUAGAGGAUCUUGGGAGGGAACUGCGGUCUCUACAGGCGACCAAUAGGAACCUGCAGAGGCAGCUGGAGGAAAAGGCAGAUGAAGUCAAACUACAGAGAGCGCUCAUCCAGAGAAGAGACAGCCAAAUACAGCUCAGACCUGGUGGCAAGGGGGAGGAGGAGGCCAAUAGACGGGAAGACGGACUCUUAGCACAAAUCGAGGCCAUAAAAGCAGAAAACAGCGAGACGAAAGCUCGGCUCCAGGGAAGAAUAAAGGAAUUAGACGAACAUCUGAGAAUGGAAAAGAUGAGAAGAACGUCGAAUGCAUCUGACAUCACAAGGGAUCUGCUAAGUGAAAAGAAGAAAAUUUACCAAAUGGAAAAGGAGAUCAACGCGCACCAGAAGUACUUCCUGGCAUGCGUGAACGGUCUGCGCACUGACGUCAGGUUCAUGACUGAUAACGAGGCUCCCAUGGUACGUCAGAGGCUGGAGCUGGUGCACGACGCCAUCUUGGACGGCCAGUUCUCCAUCCUGAGCGGGAAACUGCCAGCACAUUACUCGGCCUCGGAGGACGACAUACGGAUGCCGCUCGGAAAGAUGAUAAAAGAAUCGGCGAAACCUGCGCCUGCCGAAUCAAACGGACCCUCCUCCACCGGUACCAACUCGACCAUCAAGGAGCAUGACGAACCGGACGACACGUCCUCGGAACAGACCUUCGACAAGGAACACCCUGAGCUUAUCAACAGGGCGACGGGACGCCUGGACAUGUACACAGCACUCAAAUGUUUCCCGCACAUGAAGGAAUCGGAGCUGAAGCACCACUUUGACAUGUUUGUCAAGUACGACAAGAGCCGAGACUUCAAUCUGGACAUGGGAGAGUUGGUGAGAGCGCUGAUGACGGUGGCUCCUGGGGUCAAGUUUACCGCUGCGCAGAUCAAGGAGCUGAUGAAAGAGGUGGACGUAGACGACACCGGCACCAUCGACUUCUACGAGUACCUGAUUAUCUACAACCUGCUCACCAAGGAGGGAGGAAAGUCUGAGAUUUUCCACCGGGAGAUGUCGUCAACGUCAAAGGAGAACGUCAGUAAGGCAUGUGUCAUCCAAUGACGUCAGCAAGAACAUCCAAUAAGAUCACCUGACGUCAUCGAUCACGUGGCUCUUGUGUACUUUGAGCUUUUUGCUCAGAAAGGAGAUGUUCUUAGAUCUUAAAUCAAAGAUGUUGUAUAGAAA